AUGUGCGUCUCCGUGGUAUUCUGCUGUUGCUGGUGCCGUGUGGCCUUGGGGUGUUAUCCGAUGUCCAAAGACAGACGAAGAAACGGUGAAACGCCGAAAGAGAAAACGGACCGUCGGGUGGAUGGCGGCUUGACCUGGAAGCAUGUGGAAAGACUGGAUGCUGAGAGUCGGUGGAUGUGCAAAGCGAUGAUUCCGAAAGAAACUGCAUAUGAAAAGGGGAUGACAUCUCGAAGAUUCUCCAAGCCUGAACCACCAUCUAAGGUCAUUUAUGCUAUUCAUCGUAGGGUCCUGCCGUCAGUAGAUCACCUGCAGGCCUGCAGGUCACCUUUUUGGGAGACUUGGGAGGGUCCCACUAAGCAUGAACAGUUGGAGAACGUAUAA